ACAAUAGACUAACAAUCGUAACAUUAAUUUUAACACCAGAUUCCUCGACGCGUACAAAGCUGAGGGUCUGGACAUGUGGGGCGUGACCAUCGAAAACGAACCGUCCGCCGGCAAUCAACCUAAAUACGAGUUCAACUGUCUGGGCUUCACGAAAGAGAUUCAGAAGGACUUCCUGGUGAAGGACUUGGGACCUGCUUUGGCAGCCGCCGGCUACGGACCCGACAAACUCCAGGUCAUGAUCUUCGACGACCAACGGGACGUCAUCCACGAGUGGGCGCAGUAUAUCUUCUCGGACAAGGAGGCGGCCAAACUGGCCGCGGGCACCGCCUUUCACUGGUACCAAAACAACCCGCAAAAUAUUGGCAACUUGAAAAAGGCCCUGGACGCCGACCCCACCAAGUUUAUUAUUAACAGCGAGGCCAGUGUGGGUGUAGACAAGAAGGAGAAUCCAAAUCUGGGCGAUUGGGGUAACGGUCUCGAGAAUACUGUGCGCGAUAUUAUCGACGACCUCAACAAUUACGUGGCCGGUUGGGUGAACUGGAAUAUGGCGCUGGACCUACAGGGCGGGCCAAACUGGGCCGGCCUCAAGGCGUACGCCCCGAUCCUGAUAGACGCCGCCAAUAAGAUCUAUUACAAGCAGCCGGCCUUUUACGCUCUGGGGCAUAUCAGCAAGUUCAUUUUGCCCGACUCGUAUAAGUUGGACUUCAAGGAGACCACCAAGAUCGAUCGCUACCAGAAUACGGCGGCCGUGAGAGCCGAUGGCGGUGUGGUCGUGGUUAUCAUGAACUCCAGCGACGACCUUGUUGAGAUUAACAUUGAGGAUGCCGGACAAAAGUUGUCGCAUUACGUCAAACCCCAUACCCUGCAGACCUAUAUCUAUUGGCUUUGAAUUUAAUUGUGCG